CAAUCUUCUGAACUCCACACGAUACGACAGGCUUGAUCUUCGCCGGAUCUGGAAUGUGCGGCUGCUGUAGGAGCGGCGGAGGGAUCUGUGUUGCGCGCGCAGGCCGUCCGCUCUUCCGCCCAGUUUUCCAAUGUGAUUCGUCUGCGCUGAAAAUGGAGUUCGCGUAAAGCAGAUCCCCCAAACUUCCCAUGAAGAAUCGCAAUCAUUCGGCACGUUCCUGUGACACUUUCUAUUCCAAUCCGAGACGUUCCUUCAGCUCCAGCCUUCCCGUGUGCGUCGAGCAAGCUUAAAUCACCGAGGUUUUCGUUUCAUUGCUGAAAUACUGCCGUGUGAAGUUGUCUAUGAUCGGUUCGUGUGGAUUUUCCAAACUCGCUUUCGCUGGGAUUUUGGGAUUUUUGACCGACCAGGAUGAGUAAGACGCCGAAGGUUUCGUCUCUGGAUGUGAUUUAUAGUGCAGAUGGAUCGAAGUGUUGCUUUCAUUGCUUUCAUACACCGUUCCCGAUCUGAAUUCGCUGUUUUGGCGUCUCGUGCAGCAUGAUCGACUGCAGAUCGGAUCGCUUUCUGUCAAUAAUGGCCUUUCGUGGGGAUUUCACGCAGAAAAUGGAGAUAUUUGCGCUUUAUUUCCCCGCCUUGAGUGCGAGCUCGAUGAUAUUUCCAGGAUUUGGAUCCCCGUGAGAAAAAAAUGAGCGAAGAAUCAAAUCCAAACAACGAUGAGAGUUUCGCGCGUGUGAGAGCAGUGGUAAUGACUCGCGAUGACUCCAGCGGCGGAUGGCUUCCUCUGGGCGCCGGCGGCCUCAGCUGCGUCACCGUACACAAGAUCAGCCGGACGGAGCCUGAUGGCACCUGCACGGCAGAUUUCCUCAUCCACGGAGAGCGGCUCAAAGACAAAUCGGUGCUGCUGGACUGCUGCAUCAGGAGGGAUCUGGUGUAUAAUAAAGUCAAUCCCAUCUUCCACCACUGGAGGAUCGGAAACAUGAAGUUUGGACUGACCUUCCAAAGCCCAGCAGACGCCAGGGCCUUUGACCGAGGGAUACGGCGGGCGAUGGAGGACAUUAAACAAGGCGGCCCGCAGAACAGCGACACGGACACACCGGAGGACGCAUCAUCACAGGAGAGCGUGUCCGUCGGCACGCCCGUGAGAGACGUCUUCUGUCCUCGUGCCGUUGUGUCCAGCGAACACUUCCGUGGCUCUUAUGUGCGAGUGCAGCCCUUCGACGAGGCUCUCACUGCAAACCAGCGGUUCCUGCCUCCACAGGUUUCCUUCAAUGCCAGACGUCACGUGAGCUUUCACAUGGACGAAGAGGAGAUCGUCCGCAUCAACCCGCGGAAGGACGUGCUUAUCCGAGGCUACGAGGACUACCGGCACCCCGUGCUGUGGAAACGGGACACGGAACGUGAGGAACUGGACUCCUCCACCACCUUCUCCAAGCCCGAUGGCAAGAAGUGCGAGUAUCUGUACGCAGAUGCUCCAGAGCGGCACAAAGACUCUGUGAAGACCCAGCAGCCGUCGGCCAAGGCGUCCCGCAGGCGUCGCGAGGACGGCGAGCGCUCGCGCUGCAUCUACUGCCGCGAGAUGUUCAACCACGAGGACAACCGACGGGGCCAGUGCCAGGACGCACCUGACCCCAUCAAGCAGUGCAUCUACAAGGUGAGCUGCAUGCUGUGUGCCGAGAGCAUGCUGUACCACUGCAUGUCCGACUCGGAGGGCGACUUCUCGGACCCGUGCUCCUGUGACGCCAGUGAGGAGCAGUUCUGCGUGCGCUGGCUGGCGCUGCUGGGUCUGUCUGUGCUGGCGCCCUGCAUGUGCUGCUACCCGCCGCUGCGCGCCUGCCACCGCUGCGGAGAGGCGUGUCGCUGCUGCGGCGGAAAGCACAAGGCCGCAGGCUGAGCCGGCCCUUGCCGGGGUCUGAUUUUCACUGGCCCUAGAUGGGCGGAGCGUCGCUCAGCGCUUGUGGAGAGAGCGUCCAACCGCAGGCGUUGGCGGAGCGGCAUCGACGUGAGGAGGAACGUCCUCGUCGCAUGGACACGGAGAGAACGCACACGCCAACAACACAUCGUGUGUAACUAUGUGAAGAAAUAAUAUUGUGUCUUGUACAGUGAUUCUAACACGACGAUUUUCGCUCUUGGCUUUUUCGUGAGUUAUUAACCGUGGCCUUUUCUUUUUGACGCUAUCAUUACUAGACAGACAAAUGCACUAAAUAUGUUGUUGAGCAUUAAUGACAAUGGUACGGUCACUAAGACUCUUUGUGCUCUUGGUUUUGCCCCUGCAUCACGCAGCUGUAAAAUGUAUUCCAGAUGUUUUCUUUGAUUCUGUCAAUCAUUAAUCAAACAGGCACUUCAAAGGUCAAAGCACUUCACUUAGAGAAGCUCCUUUCUGACGCUUCUGUUUGAGACUUUAACCGCAGACGGUUUAAAACCCUGAAGAACGAGAAAAUGGAGAAAAUGUCGUCCAGCCUGACAUUAUUCUUACAGUGGAAUAUAAGUGUUUAUUUUACAUGCAUGUUUAAAGCUGUUUUCUGUUUUAAAUCGACCUUGUUUUGACUAAUAACCAGAUGUUUUUCAAGAUUUCUGCCGUAUUGUGCAAAGAUGAUCUGUUAGUUGACAAAUGUAUUUGAAACGUGUUGUGGGAAAGAAAGUCGAAAUCCUGUCACGGUUUACUUUCUAUGCAAGUAUUUCCACGAGACUCUCUCUGACCUCUGCACACAGUCCCCUUGCGUCACAUUAGCCGGAUUUCAGGGAAAUUUCGCAUGAAAAAAAAAGUCUAUUGUCAGUAGUGUAGCGAUGUAUGAAGCACCGCUCACACAGAAGUCACUUUCAAACCAAUCGACUUUCUGUUGGUCUGCGCGGCGACCUUUUUCUCCCUCACGCACGGGUUCUAAUUGGAAUGACAGUAUUUCGGCCGCAGAAUUUCACCGAGCAACGGUAAACACGCGCCUUUACAAGACGGCCACAACACUCGCUGUAAAUACUGAACACUAUUCCUGCAUUCGUGAUCGCUGCUGACGGUACGUAUCGUGGUUUGAUUUGACAGCAUUAUGUACAUAGAUCACCUGUUAAUACUGUUUCACAUUGAAAAGUAGUGGAGAUGAUGAUAAUAAAUGACGUCCGAGGUUUUAAUCGAGAUUCUCUCUAGUUUUGUAUCGCCGAAAGAUGAAAGGUUUGUGAAGCUUGUUGAAUGAAGCUGCUAGAAACAAUCACUAACUGCAUCGCAAGAGUUUCAUUCCUCUAUGGAUGACUGUUAAACACGAUCUAGUUAUGUCAUUUAACCUUGACCGCGCUUUUUCUGAGGCGUCCGUUUGUGUUGCUUUUUCUCCUGAAUCACUCUAUUUACGAGAGUCGAUUUCUACGAUCUUGCGGAAUAUGCAACGGCUUUUCUUGUGUGACGCAUCCGUCGCGUUUAUGUGACUACCAGUUUAAUCACGUGCUGCUAUUGUUUUUUUUGUUUUUGUUUUUUAUUCGUGUUUUUCUCUUUUCAUGGAAAUAUAACUCUGGAAUGCAUAACAUUUAAUGUACGCUCUUGACUUUUUCUAGGUGAUGAAAUGCCAGUGUAAAGCAGUUCAGUGGUGUGGGCUCAUGUAGUUCGCUUGCAGUAGUGCAGACCUCGUGUUCUUGAUUCUUGCAGUGUAUCAGUGGUUUAUUCUGAGCCUGUGAACUCCUUUAGUUUUAGUGCCAUUGGCUUCAUUCUUGACCACCCUGAAAAAGUGCCUCACAUCUGUCAUAGAAACCGUAACGCUCACGCUCUGGUUCUAUUAGUUUAUAUCUAUGUAUAGGUAUUUCUAUCAUGGUUUGAAAAUACUAAAUAUAUGAUGUAAUAUUUAUAGUUCAGUAACUCAUGUCAUAGUUGUAUUUUCUGUAUACAGAUGUAGCUUGUUACUUUCAUAAAUAUACAAUGUAAAUAUGCAUACAAAUGUUUGUAACUGUUUUUGUUACACCAUACACUUAUUACAUCAGUUAACAUUACCAUAAAAAAUAAAAGGAGAAUAUAAAAUA